AUGCCGAAGCUUAAACACAGCCUCUUCAAUGGCUUCCACACUCUUCAUCUCUCAUCCUUCUCUCACUCUUCUCUCUAUCUUGUCCGACAAUGGCUUCGUCUCCAUGGCCGUGAUGCUCCAGCUCAUAGCCCAAUCCUUGCUCUCUCAAUCCAAUUCAAUCACAAUCUUCUCACCUUCAGAUACUGCUUUCGCCCAAUCCGGUCAGCCUUCUCUCUCUCUCUCUUUCGAUUCCAUUUCUUGCCUCUCUACUUAUCUCCCGAAUGCCUCAAAUCGCUCGCGUUGGGGCACCAAGAUUUCCACGAUGUUGGCCGAUCGAUCGCUCACGGUAACCUCUUCCCGAUAUUUUCAUGAAAUUUCUUUGAAUCGAGUCAUGAUCAGUAGCUCGCCGAUUUACGAUGACGUUCGCUCCUUGUUUUUGGCACCGAUAAGUUUUUUGAUUUUAAGAUUUAGUAAUGGUCAGUCCACGAUGACAGUCUUUGCUCCUUCAGAUGAUACAUUGGCCGCUCGCAUUGAUGACUUUACCGAUUAUCCUUCUCUGUAUUGUAGAAUCUUAUGGAAUGAUCUUAUGGAUCUUGAGAAAGGCACGAAGUUAUCUACAUAUUCAAAAGGAUUUGCAAUUUCCGUUGCGAAAUCAAACGGCAUAUUGAUGAUCAAUGGAGUUGCAGUCAUCUAUCCUAACAUGUAUGUGAACGAUUGGCUGCUUGUUCAUGGCCUCCUGGAUGUUUUUUCUAUGGCAGAGAGACUCUCAGCAAAGGAAUCAGGCUCAGAAAUGAGAAACAUCACUCAUGGGUUGGCACUGGAUCAUUGGUAAGUUCUGAAGCCAUGAAAAUCUUUUGCUCCCAUUUCACAGCAUAUACACACUCACCAUUUGUAAAUUUCUAGAGCUUUUCCUGCCUUCUAAUGCAUCUGUGAUAAAGAAAUCUUCAGCAGAAAGCUGUAAUAUAGAAGUUAUCAAUUUUCCUACAAGUUUCAGCUCGUUUCUGUAGUUGUUCCAAGGAUUGGCAUCACUGCAAAUUUCGAGUGUGCCAAUGAAACAAUCAUUGGGAUCUAUGAUGAUGAGUUA